CGUUUCUCGCCAUUAUUCAUCAAUAUUUCUCGUGAUCCCCGUGGGACGAUGAAUCUAUCUUGCAGUGGACAGGGCGGAAGAGAAAUCGAAGGAUUUGUGGAAUUUUUCAUGGGAACUGACUCUCCGAACCCAGACAACGCGUUGUUCUCAAAACGCAAACUGCUCCCUAACACGACAAGCUCUGAGAUAACAUUCGCGACCAUCAAAGAAUGGAUCGAACAAUGUAAUCGGAACCAUGAUUGCUGUGGAUUAGAUCCUUCUCAAUGGCUACCCACUCGAGUACUUGAUGUUAGCGGUAGCGGAGACUCGACGAUUCGACUUCUUCAGAAUGAGAGAGCAGAAGGCAAAUACCUGGCAUUAUCUCACUGUUGGGGAGUGCCCAAACCGCACGCCUUAACCCUGGGAAACAACUUCGAAGAGAUGAAACGAGGCGUACCCAUUGCGUCUCUGCCAAAAACGUUCCAGGAUGCUGUGGUUUUUACACGGGAUAUGGGGGUGCAAUAUCUGUGGAUCGAUUGUCUGUGUAUCAUACAAGAUGUCAAAGAUGAUUGGAGGAGAGAAUCGGCCCAGAUGGCAGCAGUCUACCAAAAUUCAUACCUCACUAUUACAUCAUCCCACGCGGCAAGUUCGGACGGGGGCCUCUUUCAUGAAGUCCAUUCACAGUAUGCAGCAAAGGAGCUCAAAGUGGACAGCAAUGAUGGAAAUUCUUACGCUAUCUACGUACAGAGACUCUUGGAGCAUGAUAUCCAUUGGGAUAAUGGGGGCAGCAAAGCACUUUACGAGCAGUGUCCGUUGCUUAGCCGUGCGUGGGCUUUCCAAGAACGACUGAUACCACCCCGCGUGCUACACUUUCGACGCAAUGAGGUCAUGUGGGAAUGCAACGAACAUACACGAUGUCAGUGCGUAUACGAAGCAAACCCCUGGACUCACGGGCCGAAGACGGAUCUCUCAGGUUGUGAAGAAGCAGUUCUGUGUUGAUUUGAAGAGGCAU